AGACAACCGUUUGGUCUCAAGAACGACAACAACUCCAAUGUGUGGCACUUCAGAGAUGUGGACGCAUUGGCCCAAAGACUCGACGCUUUGCCCUUUAUUUUGGAUGCCGACUACAAGAGCACAACACCCGGCGGUCCCAUCGGUGGCCAGACCCGAGUGUCGCUCAGGAAUGAACACAUGUCUUACAUCAUCACUUGGCAAUCUUGA